CCAUGGUUCACUUGGCAUGUUCCUGAGGAAAUUCUGUGGUGUCCUUUGGAGAAGGCAUUCUAGAAGACACAGGAAGAGCUGAGGCAGUUGUCGUUGGAGUCUGGGAGCAUCCCACACAGGCCUCAAGGCUGGCAGGGUGCUCCCAUCACUGCAGAGAACAGUCUGAAAAUGCAGGCAGUUCCAACUAAGGGGGAGACGAAUAAGGAUUGCUGUAUGAAAACUGAACUGCUGGCAGAAGAGACCCCCAUGGCUGCCGACGAGGGUUCGGCAGAGAAGCAGGGAGGAGAGGCCCAUAUGGCUGCCGAUGGUGGAACCAAUGGGUCUUGUGAAAACAGUGAUGCCAGCAGUCACCCCAGUGCAGCAAGACACACUCAGGAGAACACAAAGGCCAGCCCACAGGAGGGCACCAACAAACUAGCCCGGAUUGCGGAAAAUGGGAUCUCAGAAAGAGACACUGACGUGGGUAAGCAAAACCACGUCAGAGGUGACGACUUCACACAGACUUCCGUCCUGGGGAGCAAUGGGUACUUCUUGAGUAAGCCCCUGCUGCAGGAGCAGCCCGCACGGACUGGCGGCACCUUGACCGCAUCGCUUCCUGGUCACGCGGCGAAAACCCUUCCUGGGGGAGCUGGCAAGGGGAGGACUCCAGGCUCUCUGUCUCAGAUGCCAGCCCCAGUGCCAGCCCAGCUGGGGGAGGGGAGCAAGGACGCAGACGAGAAGAAGCCUGCGAGCCCAAGCCCCGACGCCAAGGUUCACCGAGCGCGGAAGACCAUGCCGAAGUCCGCCCCGGGCCUGCAUGCAGCCAGUAAGGACCCCAGAGAAGCUCGAGAUCAUAAGGAGUCAAAAGAGGAGAUCAACAAAAACAUUUCUGAUUUUGGAAGACAGCAGCUUUUACCCCCCUUCCCAUCCCUUCAUCAGUCGCUACCUCAAAACCAAUGCUACGUGGCCACCACAAAGUCACAGACAGCUUGCUUGCCUUUUGUUUUAGCAGCUGCAGUAUCUCGGAAGAAAAAACGAAGAAUGGGAACCUAUAGCCUGGUUCCUAAGAAAAAGACCAAAGUAUUAAAGCAGAGGACGGUGAUUGAGAUGUUUAAGAGUAUCACUCAUUCCACUGCGGGGCCCAAGGGCGAGAAGGAGCUGGCCGACGGCACCCUGCACGUGAACGGGGAGAGCUUGGAGGUGUACUCGGAGGAGGAUGAGUCCGACGAGCUGGACGAGGAGGAGGAUCAUGGGGCGGAGCAGGCAGCUGCGUUCCCCACAGAGGACAGCAGGACCUCGAAGGAGAGCAUGUCCGAGACCGACCGCACCCACAAGAUGGAUGGCGAGUCUGAAGAGGAGCAAGAGUCGGCAGACACUGGGGAGGAAGAGGAAGAUGGAGAUGAGUCCGACUUGAGUUCUGAAUCUAGCAUUAAGAAGAAAUUUCUCAAGAGGAAAGGGAAGACUGACAGCCCAUGGAUCAAACCAAGCAGAAAAAGAAGGCGGAGAAACAAAAAGAAGCCAAGCAGUGCACUAGGUUCUGAAGCAUAUAAGCCACCAGGAAGCACGGAGCAGACUGCACCUGGAGACGGCGCGGGGUACACGGAAGUCUCCCUGGACUCUCUGGAUCUCCGCGUCCGAGGGAUCCUCUCCUCACAAGCAGAAGGGCUGGCCAACGGUCCUGCCGUGGGGGAGACGGACGGCCUCCAGGAAGUGCCUCUCUGCAGCUGCCGCAUGGAAACCCCGAAAAGCCGAGAGAUCACCACCCUGGCCAACAACCAGUGCAUGGCUACCGAGAGCACGGACCACGAACUGGGCAGGUGCACGAAUGGCGUGGUGAAGCACGAGCUGAUGCGUCCGUCCAACAAGGUGCCGCUGCUGGUGCUGUGUGAGGACCACAGAGGGCGCAUGGUGGAGCACCAGUGCUGCCCCGGCUGCGGCUGCUUCUGCACGGCGGGUAGUUUCAUGGAAUGUCAGCCUGAAAGCAGCGUCUCUCAUCGAUUCCACAAAGACUGUGCCUCCCGGGUCAACGACACCAGCUACUGUCCCCACUGCGGGGAAGAGGCCGCCAAGGCCAAAGAGGUGACAAUCGCCAAGGCAGACACGACGUCCACAGCGACCCCCGCCCACGGGCAGGAGAAGACGCCCACCGAGGGCCGGGCUGACACCACCACGGGCAGCGGCCCUGGACCCCAGCUCUCUGAGGAGGAGAAGCCACAGAGCCCCCCCCUGCAGCCCCCCGAGGGCUUCGACCUGACGGGGCCGUCGGGAUUUGUGAAGCCCGCGCCCGGCCUGCCCCAGGGACCAGGGAAAGAAACCUUGGAGAGCGCUUUGAUUGCUCUGGAUUCGGAAAAACCCAAGAAGCUUCGCUUCCACCCCAAGCAGCUGUACUUCUCUGCCAGGCAAGGGGAGCUGCAGAAGGUGCUGCUCAUGCUGGUGGACGGCAUCGACCCCAACUUCAAGAUGGAGCACCACGGCAAGCGCUGCCCCCUGCACGCCGCGGCGGAGGCCGGCCACGUGGACGUCUGCCACAUGCUCAUCCAGGCGGGCGCUAAUAUUGACACCUGCUCAGAGGACCAGAGGACGCCCCUGAUGGAGGCAGCAGAAAACAACCACCUGGACGCAGUGAAGUACCUCAUCAAAGCAGGGGCACUGGCAGACCCUAAGGACGCAGAGGGCUCCACGUGUCUGCACCUGGCUGCCAAGAAAGGCCACUACGACGUGGUUCAGUACCUGCUUUCGAACGGACAGAUGGACGUCAACUGUCAGGAUGACGGUGGCUGGACGCCGAUGAUCUGGGCCACCGAAUACAAGCACGUCGAGCUGGUGAAGCUGCUGCUCUCCCAGGGCUCGGACGUCAACAUCCGAGACAAUGAGGAGAACAUCUGCUUGCACUGGGCAGCGUUUUCAGGCUGUGUGGACAUAGCGGAGAUACUCUUGGCCGCCAAGUGUGACUUACAUGCAGUCAACAUCCAUGGCGACUCGCCCCUGCACAUCGCCGCCAGGGAGAACCGCUAUGACUGUGUCGUCCUCUUCCUCUCUCGGGACUCCGAUGUCACCCUCAAGAACAAGGAAGGGGAGACGCCCCUGCAGUGCGCCCGGCUGAGCUCGCAGGUGUGGGCCGCCCUGCACAUGAGCAAGGCCCUGCGCGCCGCCGCGGACAGGCCCUCCCCGGCGGAGAGGACGGUGGCCAGGGACAUUGCGCGAGGCUAUGAGCGCAUCCCCAUCCCCUGCGUCAACGCCGUGGACAGCGAGCCGUGCCCCAGCAACUACAAGUACGUGCCCCAGAGCUGCGUGACGUCCCCCAUGAACAUCGACAGAAACAUCACUCACCUGCAGUACUGUGUGUGUGUGGACGACUGCUCCUCCAGCAACUGCAUGUGUGGCCAGCUCAGUGUGCGCUGCUGGUACGGCAAGGACGGCCGGCUCCUGCCCGAGUUCGACAUGGCGGCGCCCCCGCUGAUCUUCGAGUGCAACCACGCGUGCGCCUGCUGGAGGAGCUGCCGGAACAGGGUGGUGCAGAACGGCCUCAGGGCGAGGCUGCAGCUCUACCGGACACAGAACAUGGGCUGGGGCGUGCGGUCCCUGCAGGACAUCCCCCUGGGCACCUUCGUCUGCGAGUAUGUCGGCGAGCUGGUCUCAGACUCAGAAGCUGAUGUUCGGGAGGAAGAUUCUUACCUGUUUGACCUGGACAAUAAGGACGGGGACGUGUACUGCAUAGACGCGCGCUUCUACGGCAACGUCAGCCGCUUCAUCAACCACCACUGCGAGCCGAACCUGGUCCCGGUGCGCGUCUUCGUGUCCCACCAGGACCUGCGGUUCCCGCGCAUCGCCCUCUUCAGCACCCGCCCCAUCGAGGCCGGCGAGCCGCUGGGGUUCGACUAUGGAGACCGCUUCUGGGACAUCAAGGGCAAGCUGUUCCGCUGCCAGUGUGGCUCCCCCAAGUGCCGGCACUCGAGCACAGCCCUGGCGCAGCGGGCGGCCAGCUCGGCCCUGGACCAGGAGCACGGCCUGCCGGACACCAGCUCCUCCUGCGCUGCCGACCCCCUAUGAGGCCACGGCUGCCGCUGCCUUGCUGGGGUCAGAUCCUGUCCGCCUGGCGCUUGAGGACAGGGACGGGAUCCGCAGACGGAGGCUGAGGCGACACUGAACUGGAGCUGUGCCGCUGGCUCCGGAGGAUGUGCGGACGGGCGCCUCGGGGCCCCCCACCCGGUGGCCUGAGGGUGGGGGGUGGGCCCGGCGCCCCUGGGAUCCCCGGCCUCACAUGCACAGGGCUGGGAGCCGGCUCCAGGCUCACCGCCUGCCUCGAGACUGGACUCACGCCAGCCCUGCUCCGUGAGCGUCUGGCCGUGGCUUUGCUGUUUUGAGGGUCCUCCUUGCUCCCUCUGAUUUUUGUGGUUCCCAGCUGCAGCCCGGGGUUCCUUCUGGCAGUGUUCUCCACGAAGAUGCUGUCGGCCGGACAUCGGCGGCACCGCCUCCCCUGGUGCGAGCCUGCCAAAGCCGCCCCGCUGCCACGCUGUCGCCACCACCGCGGCCUGAGGGAGAAGGUCGGUGUACUUUUUAAAUGAAAUCCUGGCCCCGGCCUGGGUGUCGGCCCUCCGCUGGCGAGUCUGCCGGACGGCGGCCUGGGGGCACCGCGGGCACUGGAGGCCGCCCCGGCCAGCCCGAGGGACACCGGCACCUCCUGUUGAUUUUUAAGCCACAUGCUAUGAUGAUGAAUAACCUGAUUUAUUUUCUACCAUUAUUGAACAUUAGGACAAACAAAAAAUAAAAAAAAAAACACAAAACACAAACAACGGUGCUGAUUCUGGUGUGAUCUUUACUCACCACAUAAAGUAAACCAUCAACUGUACAAAGAGAACAAAGUGAUUUUAGAAUAAAAUGCAGGAAAAACUUUUUUUAAAAUGUUAGUCUUGUAGUGCGAAUAAAUUCGCCGUCACCUUUUGUGUGAUGGCUCGGCAGGUCACGUCCUUUUUUUUGGCAUCUAUCUUUUUAAAAACUGUAACUAGUGCAGUGACAGUGGGUUUUGUGCGACUCUUCUAAAACAUUCAUGAUGCAGUCAUGUUUAUUUUUUUCUGUUAAAAUGUUUUUGACAGUUUUAAGAGCAGUCUUUUGGCUCAGACCAUUUCUUGUUCUGUUUUCAAUGAAAUCAAUAAAAAAAGAAGUACUUUAAA